AUGGCCGCCCAGCGGCUGCCACCAACCGAUGAGCUCAUCACUGCUCUCAUGAAAUCACUUGUGGAGCCCUGCCCUGUGACAGACAAAGCCCCAAGAGGAUUCGAUAACAAAUUCGAACGAGCUUGUGCCAGUAUUCAGCGUAACGUCUUCCUAGACGCAGGGGUUCAGGCAUUUUUUGCAUAUGUUCGAGCCGAGCCUGGGGUUCAGACGGCCGUUGAACGGCUACCACAUACGGCGGCUGAAGUCGUAGCACGUCGCCUUUGCAGCGUCAAGCCCCAUCCAUCUGUGGAAGCCCUCAUUCAUCACAUUUUCCACGACGCCCAUCGUGGCAAAAAACGCUGCAAGAUACUCCGGGAAUCGAACUACCCUGGCCCGGACGAGCCGGCGACCGCUUCGGCGUCCAGCCCCCAGGGCAGCGCAGAUGCAGGCCAACCACACGACCCCGGCGAGCAACCCAUGAACAAUCGCGUACAACAGAGAACCUCGCCUGGGAGCACUGCCUCGGUCCACAUGCAGGACGCCGGCGAACCAGCACCCAUCAACAAUCACGGAGAACAAAGUACCUCCUCUGGUAGCGCACCUUCGGUCCAAAUGCAGGACCCCAGCGAGCCACAACCAGCGAGCAACUAUGGACGGUGGGGUAACCUCGGACGCCAGCUUCCCCCGAUCACCAAUGUUCAUCCCAACUCCAGCUUACCGCCACUAGCAGCCAAUGCGGGUCCAGGCAUGAGUCUGCCCCCUUUGAUGGGCAGCAUACAGAGGGAUACCCGACAACCGACCUCCCCACGCCACUCCCAGGACAUGACAGAGCUACCUGCGGCCACAGCGGCAACCGAGAUGGAUGUGGACCAACAUUCGUUGGUCUUCCCUGAUGCGAAGAACGUUCCCUUCCUUCUCCCUCAUGACACCUGUGCAGCAGUGGUCAAGAAAGGUGCAGGAGCAGCCAUUCGGGUGGUCUUCGGAGAUACAGUUUCGCAUCUAGAGAUCGAUCUCUAUGCGAACAGAAUAAUACACUUGGCCAGAGAUCUAUUCGAGGCUCGUUUGGAAACGGAGGACGACAGGUUUUGUGCCAGAGUCAGUGGUGACUCGGUCGCAUUUUUCGAAGGGUACACGCUUGUUGGGGCAGACCGUCCAUAUGCCGAACGCUUUCUUGGUGGGGUCUUUGAUCUCAUCAAAGAGGAUUCCCUAUACAUCCAGGGGAAGGCGGAACGUAAUUGCCGCCUCAUCUCUCUGCACAUCAAAGGCAACACCAAAGAUUCAGGCUGUCUGAAGGUCGAAGGCACCACACAUACAAUAUCGCUCAUAGCUAGACGGUUCUGGCCGGACUUUUCACUUCCAACCUCUUGA